GCGACAGUUGUUUGGUUUCCUGUCGGUGCCUUAAAAAUUGCUCUUCACUGAAACGACCGAUGUGGCUGUGGGUCUACUGCAAGUUUGACGCGUAUUUACUGGAAGGAAUCUAGAAAAAAAAUUGCCAAAUAAAAUGUCCGAGAAGGAAAUCAAAACGAAUGGCUUAAUUUCAGAAAUUGAUAUUAAAGCCAAUGUUAAUCUAGAGAAAACAGUUUCUCAGCAGACAAUUCUUAAGGGACUCCAGAAAGCUGCACCAAAUGCUCAGAAAUACCCAAAGAUCGGAGCUUUUAUUAUUCCUGGACCAGAUGCACUUCUUGAUUGCAAUCAACAAUUAGAAAGGAAAAAGCGUCAAAAUCUUAUUGGACAGCUAAAGGCUGCUGAAUCGCACAACAGGAUACAGAGCAUGAGAUUACGUUACCAAAAAAUGAGAGCUGAAGAAAUAAAUCAUUUAAUAUCAUCUCAACCAACGGCCAGAAAGGCUAUCCGACUAGAAGCCCUUCUUCCACCAUGGCAUGAAAAAAUUAAUCUCAAAGAUACCUUGGAGAAACUGGAGAGAAAAAGAGUGGAAGAAAUCAUGAACGAUGAAGCAGGACUGACAAUAAAUCGAAUUAUUUAAUAGGCAAUGUGUCAUAACAUUUGUACUAGUUGAUAGAGCAUCAAUUUUAGGAGCAUCGCUUGUAACAGUACAUAUCAACAAGUUCAAAAUCAGUCGAAACCCAGUAUUAUGAAGUUUUAAUUGGAUUUAGUUCAUUUCAGCAUGCACCUUUCUAUGUUAUAUACCAACUAACUAAAACAACCAAAAAUUGGUCUCUUUGUGAGCUAACAGUUUUCAUUCAACUCCAUUUCUUUCUAUUCUCAAUUUGGAAUCAAGUUUGCAUAUGAUUUAUUUUAAAAUAGUCUUGGGGCCCCAUGGAGAAGGAAGAAUGUUGGUAAACUUGUUUUAAUUUUUCAUUCGAAUUUUGAGUCCCUCUAAUGACAAGAUAUUAUUAAUUAAAAAUCUGUGCCUCUUAUAUUGAAAUAUGUCUAAUGGAAAAAUUAUUGUAUUUAAAAUUAUACAAGUAUCCAUAACAACCACCUUACUACAUUGAUAUGAAAUUCUUCUAUCCACUAUUUUAGUCAAUGAGAUGAUGUUGCCAUUAAAGCAGCAGACUUGCAUACAAAUUUGUCACUAAUAUUGCAGUGCAAUUUCAAGGCAUUAAAGUUCUGAAAGUGAA